UAUGUUUACGGCUAUUCGAAACAUUCUUCUUCUUCUUCUUCUUAUUUUUACUUUUUUUUUUUGCUCUAUUUUCCUUUCUUUUUUUCUUUUUUUUUUUGUUCUAAACAGUGACCUAGACAAAAAAAAACUUACGCACGCUUACUUCGCCUAAUCAAUUCUAAUCAAUUCUAAUCAAUUUUAUUCAUUUAAUCGUGCUAUUUGGUCGUAAAAGAAGACGCAGUAUUUUAUUAGGAUCGGACGAAAUACCAUCUUUCGUUCAUUUACAUUUCAAUUACUUCGCUUUUUUUCUCUUUAAUUGGUAUAUAUAUGUAUAUAUACAUAUUUUUUGAUAAUAUAUAUAUAUAUAUAUAUUACAUAUAUAUAUAUAUAUACAUAUCAAAUUCUAAAUCAUUCAAAAGUGCGUUUAAUGAGAAAUUACUGAAGUAUAUAUAAAUCAUUCUCAUCCGAUAUUAAUUAACAAUACAAACUUUUUAUUGUAUCAAAAAUUAAAUUUUAAUUGAACUUAAAAAUUUUUUUACUUCUUUAAUUAUAUGAUAAAAACCAUUUAAAAUUAAUUCACUCGAUGAUAUCUAAUAAUACUUAUAAGUACUUCAUCCGACAAAAAGGGAAUAUUUUAGGGGGAAGUUUUUUUUAUAUUGCGAUUAUUUUCUCCAGCACACAUAAACCGACUAACUCUCGUAUUGGAUAAAUAAACAUCUAGUUCAUGGCUUCGUCGCGAAGAAUUAAAAAAAUAUCCUCGACGAGUAUCGCAAUAAUAAAAGAUUAUAUCAUUCGGUGUUUCGUAGUAUCAAAACCGUUUUAUUGUUUUACUAUUAUUAUUAUUAUUAUUAUUAUUAUUAUUAUUAUUAUUAUUAUUAUUAUUAUUAUUAUCAUUAUUAUUAUUAUUAUUAUCAUUAUUAUUAUUAUUAUUAUCAUUAUAAUUAUUUUUAUUUUUAUUAAUAAUUUUUGAGAGAUUUAUAUACCAGGACGAUAAAUAAUAACAACAACAAUAAUAAUAAUAAUAAUAAUAAUAAUAAUAAUAAUAAUAAUAAAAAUGUAUUAUGUACGCUGAGAUUUUUCAACUCUAAUUUGUGCCACGUUCUAGAUCCUCCAUUCGUAAGAAAGUAUCGAGUACUAGUUUUAUUAGUAUAGAUCUUUUAAUAUAAAUACUUUUUGUGGUUCCUUUUUUCUUUCUUUUUUCUCUAUUUUUUUUUUCUUUUUUUUUGCAGUUUUCUUCCUUUUUUUUCUUUUUUUUUUUUUUUUUUUUCAUUAGUAUUAUAAUCAUCGGAUAAGAUAAAACUUUGCAUAGCUAUCGUUAUAUUUAUAUUUUAAUUAUAUAAUUAUUGUAUAUAUGAAUAUGUAUUGUAGGUAUGCUUAGUCUUUCGACGCUCGUUGACCUCGGAAGAGAAACUUUUUUUUUCUUUUUUUUUUUUUUUCUUUUUUUUUAACUGUAUCUAUUUUAUCUUUGUUCUUUAUUUUUAUUAUUUUUUUUUUUUAUACCUUCUUUUCAAGAGAGCUCAUUCAGAAGAACGUGCAUUUUUAUCCGAAGCGUCCUUUUUCGCGUACGAUCAGAAGAAACGAAAAUAUAUUUCUUCAUGUAUGGACGAUGGAUAGCAUUAAAAUUGGUUUUCGAGUUAAUUAAUUAAUCAAUUAAUUAAUUAAUUAAUUCUUUAAUAGGAGAGAAUAUAUAUAGCGAGUGACCGUUCCCGUAUGUCAAUUGUGUUCUCUAUCGUUUUCGCUAUCCUAUCGCGCUUUUUAUCGUUCGAACGGAGAUGAAGUGUAAAAAGUAUCAACCAAACUUACGUGUGUGUAUUUUUUUUUUUUUGCUUCCUAUGUGUAUGUAUAGGGCCACGUAUAAAAGUAUCACAAAAAUUAUAAAUCUAUUCGUGCGCGUUGGUAUGUGUACGGUCAGUCAGAGAAAUUUUGCAUCGGAGACAAUUUUUGAAAAAUGAAUAUCAUCUCUAUAUCUUUUUUUCUUUUCUUUUUUUUUUUUUUCUUUUCUUUCUUUCUUUUUCUCUUUUUUUCUCUAAAGCAAACAAGGAAAUUCUUGAUAAUAUUGAAGAACAAAUUUUGAUUCUCUAUUGUAGCAUCAACUACGAAUAGGAAGUAAGUAUUUGCCAGAUUUUGUUUUUUUGUUUUUUUGUUUUUUUUCUUUUUUUCUAAUCGGGUAUGUAUCAUUUAUAUUUAAAAAAGAAAAAAAUAAUAAAUAGAUGAAUAUAUUUGUCUCAUGUACUAUCAUGUUGUUACAACCAAACAGAAGGUCAUUUUCUUUUUGAUUUCUAUUUUUUUCUAAUUAUUCGCAUGCUUCAUACAUUACUGAUAAUUUGUUUUUUUUUUUUUUUUAUAUUCACUCAGACAUUCGAAGUACUUCGUCCGGCCUAAAAAAAAAAAGAAAAAAAGAAAAAAAAAGAAAAAAAAAGAAAUAAAACAAAGGACAAGAAAACAAACGGAAACUAAUGAAACUAAUUCAAUGUAAAAAAAAAAUAAAAAAAAUAAAAAAAAAAAAAAGAUAAAAAACAAUAAAAAAAGAAAUAUUUUCGACAAAUUUCUAUGAUUCCAUUGUAUAUACACGUACGUACAUACAAUACAUACAUACAUACAUACAUGAUAUCUCGCGUAUAUCAUUUAUAAACUUACAAACUUAUUCCGUAAAAAUAAAAGAUCUAUGAAAUUUAUAAAUCGCAUGGAACCAACGAGAUAAGCCAUGCGUCGUUAUAGAGCCGACGUGAAACGAAGUCCCGUCGUGUUUUUAAAUGACCAUGAUGAUCUUCACCGACUAUAGAUAAAGUUCAUGUAAAUAAGUACACAUAAGUAGUACUUAGUUGCUUUGCGUUUUGGCAUGUUCGUAUCCUUUCGAAUAGGUAGAUAUAAUAUAUAUGUAUGUAUAUAUACAUAUAUAUACAUAUACAUAUAUGUAAUAUACAUAUUUAUAUAUAUAUAAAUGUAUAUAUUAGAAGUAUAUAGAGAAUCGCUUAAAAAAAAGUCUCCUUAUUAACUCGUGGUCGACUAGAUCAUCACACUAUUGGAGAUAAUUAGUUUAUAUAUAUAUAUAUAUAUAUAUAUAUAUAUAUAUAUAUAUAUGUAUAUAUAUAUAUAUACACAUGUCAUUUAGUUAAUCUCUUGGUCAUUUUACGUAAUAGUAAGAUGGCGACAGAGCCGACUAGAUAAUAAUUAUAUUAUUUCUGGUAAAGAUCUUUCAUAGAGGAAAUGUCGGAUAUUAUUUGCUUUCUUUAUCUUGAAUUCUUUUUCCCGCCUUCCCUUUUGCCUCUUCUUCAUAUCAUUUUAUUUAUUUAUUUAUUUUCUUUAUUUUUGUUAAAUGUUCCUCUCUAUUUCUUGUUCCGCUUUAAGACCGUUUAAAUUCAUCUACCCGCUAUAAUUUUUUAAUAAGUAGUAUCUUAAGUUAAUCGUAUUAUUAAUGAAUAAUAAUGAUGAUAAUAACAAUAACAACAAUAACAAUAAUAAUAAAUUAUUAAGUACACAAUAAUAUAACCAUAAUGCGCUUGUAUAGAAAUUUACGCUAGGGACAACUUUCUCGUCCUCGUUUGAAAAAUGAGUUUUUUUUUUUUUUUUUUUUUUUUUUUCUUUUCUUUUUCUCAAUUUAAUACGGGCGAUAAUAUCUUCCUUUAUCGUGUUAACUCUAACGACAAUGAUUAGGGCAUCAUUUAUUAUACCAAUUCUAAAUUGUCGCUUUUCGAGAUUUGAUGAUAAAAUCGAUUCGAUCGAUUUGAUAACAGCAGAAGAAGAAAUUAUAUAUCUUCAAGUUGGAGGAUGAUAUCGAUGCGAUGAGUGGAGUACUAGGGGGGAAGAGAGGGGAAGGGUGGAUAAAUAGGUGGAUAGAUAGGUGGAUUUAGAAAAGGAAAAUAGAGGAAAGAUGGAAUAACGUGCGUUUCUAAGUCCUGUAUAAAGUCAUUUCUAAGUCGGUUUUCUCGGUCUAUUCUACAAUAAAGUAUUAUCCUCUUUUUAUUUCUUAAACAUUUUCCAAGUCUUUAUUUUUAUCUUGUAUCAUUCUCGUCGUUGUUGGACGUUCAUCUUGAAUGGCGUAUCAAUUUUUCAUCUUUACUUUUUUUUUUCUUCUCAUAUAUAUCUUUCAUCAUAGUCCUUUUAUUUUUUCGUUUCGAUCGUUUCGUAUCGUCGUAUAAUAACGCGACUGAGAAAACGCUUUAUUUAUUUAGGUAUGGUAUUUGAAAUUCGUUUGAAAUUUGAAGGCCGUAAGUGGAAUAUAACGCGAGUACUUGGAUCGCGCGUCGAUGCGGAGAUUUUAUUUAUUUAUUUCAUUGUUUUUUUUUUUCUUCUUUUUUCCUUUUGCUUGUUCAUUUUCUUUUGUUCUCUUUUCCAAAUAAUUUUCUCCCGGUUUUUUUGCCUCCUUUUUUUUUCUCUCUCUCUUCAACUUUUUACCUUAUCUCGCUUGAUAUUUCGCUCUCGACGUUCUCUUCUCAUCCCGCGAAAAUAUACAUAUACAUGUAUUAUGUAUAUCCUAAAUAAACGAUCUAAACUGACUCUGGCGGAUACUCCUGUAAUGAUUGCUACCGCGUCCAGAUUCGUUUCUAAAUCUCUCUAAGUGGUCGUGGCUAAACUUUCAACCAGUUUACGGUAUGGCGAAUAAUCGCUAAAUAUCACAAAUUUCGAUCGAUUUGUGCUCAAUUCAUCUUCGUUUGAGAUUCUAAUAUCGUUUAAUACUUCGCAAUGCUAUCGUCUAAUUUUUUUUCCCAAUACUUUUUUUAACAAAGUUUCUUACCAUCGAACAUUUCUCUUUUUCUCUCUCUUUCUCUCUCUCUCUCUCUCUCUCUCUCUCUUUUUCUUAGAUUGAUAAAAAUUUUCUUUUUAAAUUCUUCGUUUUUCUAAUACUCCAGAUAAUUAGAUAUUAUUUAUAAUACACAGACAUUAUUUCCCAUAUCUCAUUAUCAUUACAAUAUUACAAACCUAAAAAAAUCUUUCUCGAAGACGAAGCGAUUAUGCGCCAGACCAUUCGACUUUCUGGUCAUUAUCAUCUAUUAUCGUGUAUUUAUACAUUAUAGAAUAUUAUAUAGAAUCGGUGUCUAUCGUCUAAUGUUCCAAUAUUGAGAUUGUUACAUUUUCAUCAUCUUCUUCUUCUUCUUCUUCUUCUUCUUCUUCUUCUUUUUCUCCUUCUUUUUCUUUUUUGUUUGUUUUUUUUUUGUUAUUUUUUUUUUUAAUGCUUUUAAUUAUUUAUUUAUUUAUUUAUUGAUUUAACUCAGCGUGGUCUUCCUGGCACUAUAAUGCACUUUUAAGAAAUCUAUAUAAAAAUAUCGUGGAGUUGUCGUGUCCAGCGCGUUGAGUCGCGGAAAGAAAGAGAGAAAGAAAGAGGGAGAGAGAGAGAGAGAGAGAGAAAAUGAAAGAGAGAAUAAGAGAGAGAGAGAGAGAGAGAGAGAGAGAGAGAGAGAGAGAGACAGACAGAUGAAAGAUGGAAUCAGACAGACGAAAAAAGAGAGAGAGAGAGAGAAAGAAAUACAGAGAAAUAGAAGAUAAAGGCAAAAGGACAUUUAAAAACGUAUAUCGAAAAACGUAGAGAGAUAGAUAGAGAUAGAGUGAGAGAGAAAGAAAGAGAGAGAGAGAGAGAG